UGAUGCAGUGCAGGUUCUCCUCGAUGACGAAUCUCUCCACAGAAUGGCUGCCGGGCAUGACGGGGCCCUGGGGGUGAGAGCAGGUCAGCUGUGCACUCUCAGUCAAAUGUUAACAUGUUUUCAUAGCCAGGGCGUCACGUACCUCUGGGGCGUCGGUGUAGUCAAACAUGCGGAAGACCACCCGGGGCAUGGGGUACUGGGCGUCGGGCAUGUGUCCCGGAGGGGUAAAGGGGGGCAGGUUGUGCUGAAGGGCCUCACACAGCACGCUGUCGAAGGCGAUGUACGGACGCAGGAUGUGGCGCUCCUGCCAGCGGUCCUUCUUCAGCUUCUGGAUCUGAGCCCACAGGCAGUCCAGGUACUGAGGGAGGACGGGGGGGAUGUGGAUUUUACAAUCAGUGAGCAAUACAACGUCAAGGGAAUUGUGAUUCACAAUCAUUCAUUUGUCCAAAUUAUAAUGUAGUAAUGAAAGUGUAGUUCUUUAAUCCGUCUCUCACCUCCUCUUGUAGGUGUGGCUUCUCUGCUGUCCACACCUGCAGCAUGGGGACGUGAGUCUUUACUCGCCGCCUAGUGAGUAUAGAAAAGUGAGACGUUAAGGAGGAGCUGACUAAUACAAAAAAUGUCAUAAAAAGAAGAAGAAAAAGAAGCAUGAAAGUGUGGCAGAGAUCUUACUUGAGGAAGCCUUCGAUCUGGCUGAGGAGUCGGUCCAUCUCGACGUCUUUCUUCUCGUAGAGCUCCUUCCCCACCCAGGGCAGACAGGAAAGAACCACGUACACAAACCAGUCGGCCCGGACCUGAAGGCACAAACAACACCACUUAGAAAAUCACAUUCUUUUCAACCUCUACAGUUAACAUUUAAGAGUUAGGAGGUAUAGCACAUGUCUGUGUGACGUAAAUAGCUUCAAAACAUUCCAGUUGCACUUUGUUUGCUUUCCUUUCAAAUGUUUCUUAGCUACACCCUCUUCUACCCACCUGUGGUACAUCUUCCUCUUGAGUAACACUGAUAAAGUUUUCGAACAUGGCCACCAUUGAAGGAGCCGCGAUCACAUGGCAGUUGACCAAGUCAGACAGAAAACGCACCUACAAAAAUAAGAGAAGAUAUCACGUCAACAAAAAAGCGAGAAAGAUGCAAGGACUAUUUUAGGAGUCUAUGAACAAAAGUGAACGUACCAGAUAAACAGCUUCAUUGUACAGGUUGUUCUUCAGAGUCUCCUUGAGUUGUCUGAUCAUGGCCUCCACAAACUCGCCCCCAAAGUUGUAGUUCCUGGCAUUCAGGAGGCCGACCAGAGUCGUGUACACGGUCAGCUUCUCAGGGAGGAGGCGGGCGCUGUCAACGAGAGACAACUCAGUGAAACACGACCACGCAAACAGUUAGCAUUUCAACAUAAAAACAGUGUUCCACAGUGAGGAACUUACACAGCACAUAAAAUACGCAGGAUUUUGUUUUUGUAGUUUGGAAGGUCGGCUUCCAGGACACCUGCAAGCCCCUCCAAGUUGCUCUCGAGGGACGAAGUACUCUGUGAAGAAGAAGUCAACAAUUUGGUUUGUUUUUGCUGAACUAUAGUGUUUUAAAUUACAACAAACACUGUCAAAAGUGCUCUAUAUAGAUCUGCAGGAGGUAGAUUUCCAGUGUUAAUGUUUUACCUUCUCCCCGACACGACAUAUCAGUGACUCCAGGCGGUCUUCUAUUUCAAUGGGCUCCGACGUUCUCCUCCUUUUAUGUGCCUGACCUCCUGGAAGGGCAAAAGAACAAGAAAAUAAUGUCAAAGGGAGUGGAAUGAGAAACAUGAACUGAUUAGGGAUCUCAAGGGCAGCCUUGAUGGAAAAUACACCGUAAAACCAUGACGUGUGUUUAAUAUUAAACAGCCCAGAUUGACAUGGUUCUGGUUCACCUUGCAGAGGCACUUCAACAAAUGUACUUAAGAAAAGCUGAGACAAUGAGUCAUUAGGGUUAUAUAUUAUAGACGUUCAAUUAUUAGCAAGGAGGUGCAUUUUUAACCUGCAUUGCAAGACAAAUUCACAUUAGUAUUAGUGGUGUUUGGCACGUAGGGACUAGAGUUAGAGACAUGAUGAUGGAAACGUGUUACAACUUAUCAAUCAAGUAUGAAGGUAUCGCAAUUGAUGAAAGCAGCCAUCUUCUAAAAGUAACAUUAACGUCUCUGAUGUUGCACUUCUGAUUUAGUUCUAUUUUAAGGUGGAUUUUCCCCUUUACUGCUAAUAAUAGGUACUUUUUACUGGCCAUGCGUCAGAGGUUUAAAGAAAAUCUUGAGGAUAAUAAAACAAAGCAUGGCUACAUGUAAUAAAAACCUACUCUCAGAGAGGUUUUUGCAUUAAUCACAUCACUAGGUUGCCGCCCCCAUACUAAGCACACAGGUUAACAGAAGCUAACCUAGUAGCUAGCUAACACGUACCGAUUAAAAGGUAGUGCAAUACAAUUUUCUAGCUUUAAACCCGCAACUACGACCCGACAAAUCGACCCGUAUUUACUGCUGGACAUGCUUGCUGUAACAUUGAGACUUAAAAACUGAAACAAGUGCAGUAAUUAAUUAACAUAAUCGCAGCAAUGUGAUUAAACACGCUCCGUUAGCUCGUUAGCCCAACGUCUGAGUGUGCUAGCUGUACACAUGUAUCUAACGGUCACUAACCGUCAUUCUCGCUCUCGCUGUGUCGUCUCCUGGACAUUUUGUUACUCCGUUUCACUAUAAAUGAAAGGAAAUUCGACCAAAAAAUGAAUAAGAAAUAAAGUAAUAAUGCAGCUGAGCUUCUAGAUCAUUCAGCCUGUCCGCUAUUCGUGGAGCAGAAAAAUACUAGCGGUCUGAUUCAAGUGAUGGACAUCCGGGGCAACAGGAAGAAGCGUUGUCUGUUUUUAAUUUUAAUAUAUUUUCCCUUUAUUUAUUCAAGAAAACAUAUGAAUAUCAUAUAUUUUGUAUUCAAAUAAGCCUCCAUAAGUGGUAGACAUACAAAGUAAUACAAAAAUGCAGUUUCACAUUUCAGAGAUUCAAUACAGCCAAGAAAUCUGCAGAAUCAGGACCGUUAAAAGGAGCACCAAGGAAGAUAAUGUGCUAUUAUAAUAUUUAAGAUAAACACAGGUAAUAAAUAUAUAUUAAAUUGUAUUGUUUGGGGGUAGAUAAUGCUGGUCCCCGCUCCAAUACAGUAGGUGGCAGUAAAUGCACCUUAAAGCUGUGAAACAACAGAACAAGAUAAAGAAGGUGCACCGUCCUUUUUCGUCCGAUGCCUAUAUUUACUAAAGCACGUUUGGUGACAGUUGUCUGUGUAAAACGUUUAUAAUGCUAUUUUAAAGACGUUAUAUUUAAUAUUUUCCGACAUCAAUUAACAUCGAAUGUCCUGGUAAUGCAUAACUUCUAUAUGUACUGAAAUAGUUUCAUCUAGCUUAGUUUAUAAGUGUUGACUAGAUUGUUUAAAGCUCCUAAAAACAUGGCAGAGGAUGAUACAUCUUUAUCCGAGUUCAUGGACUUGGAUCUGGACAGUAGGACAUGUAAUGGUGUGAAACAGGAGAGACAGCUGUCUGCCUCACAGAGAAGGUGCUACAGCUUGUGCAGGAGGAAGUCAUUUGCUGCCUUUGUGGCAUCCAAGAGGGACAGCCGUCAGGAGGAGGGGAACCCAUCUUGGUGCUGCUGUGGUCAGAUCUUCAAAGAACACUCUGACAUUCACAAACACGUGGCCCGGACUCAUGAUCCUGAGAUACAGCAGCUCGCACAGGACGCUUAUCAGUGUCUGUUAAAGCAGCUGGAAGAAGAACCUGAAACCCAGCAGCCCAACGAGUGUGAGACAGAGCCGGUGGACAUUUCGGCCUGGAUACCUGACACCAGUCGCAUCUCUGAGGAGCAGCUCCAGAAGGGUCCAGGCAAGGUCCUCCUCUAUUACCAAUACUGUCAACUGAAGGAUCCACAUGUCAUCUGUGCUUGGCAGAAAGCUUUGUGUGAGAAGCUCCACUUAACUGGCAAGGUGAGGGUGGCGACUGAAGGCAUCAACGGAACAGUUGGUGGCUCAAACAUGGCGACUGAUGUUUACAUCGAUGCAAUGCGAUCACACCCUCUCUUCAAGAUGGAAAAGGAAGAUUUUAAGACAAGUGAUGGUGGUGCAGAGUGUUUUAAAGACCUGAGGGUCGGAGUCUAUAAGGAAAUCGUCCCAAUGGGAAUGGAUCCUGAUGUGUUGUCCUACCGACUGGCAGGAGUUCACCUGGAGCCAGAGGAGUUCCAUAAAGAGGUGGAGGCUCUGUUGACUAAACCGGAUGAGAACAGUGACACCAUCCUCCUGGACUGCCGCAAUUUUUAUGAGAGUAAAAUUGGGCAGUUCACUCAGUGUCUGGCCCCCAGCAUCCGUAAGUUCAGCUACUUCCCGGAUUACGUGGACCAGAACCUGGAUCUGUUCAGAGACAAGAAGGUGUUGAUGUACUGCACCGGGGGGAUCCGCUGUGAGCGCGGCUCUGCGUACCUCCGCUCAAAAGAUGUGUGUAAAGAGGUCUUCCAGCUGAAAGGUGGAAUCCACAAAUAUCUGGAGCGAUUCCCCGAGGGUUUCUAUCGAGGGAAACUUUUUGUGUUUGAUGAACGCUACGCCAUCGCCUCCAACAAAGACGUCAUCUCAGACUGCAGGUACUGCGGCUCUCCCUGGGACCGGUACCAGCUCUGCUCCACUCGGUUCUGCUGUCAGCUGGUUCUGUCCUGUCCUGGCUGCAGACAGGACGGACACACCGCCUGCUGCCCUGCCUGCCAGACCAAAGGACAGGCUCAGAGCCAGGCGUCCCCCUCUGCACCGCAUCACAAAGAGGAGUGUGAGUGCACUGAUGGACGUCCCAGAAUCCCUCAGGAUGCGUAGUGAUGGAGAGGCUACGAUUGGACAUCAGGGCUUUCUGCCACAUGAAUAAUGAUGCUUGUCCAGGGGUAUAAAUCCCAAUGUACAACCAGAAUAAUUGAAAGGUGUCCAUUUUAUUUUAGAGUCAUGCUUUUUUUAUAUGAAUAUUGGGAAUUAGGCCAGAUUUGAUUGUUUCUAAGGAGUUUUAUUCUUAAGACAUCUGUAAGUCUGGUACUGUACAUUUGUUUUUAAUAUAAGAAUACGUAUCUGCAAAAUCAAUGAGUUUUGAUCCAUGGAUUUUCUGAAACUGGAAUGCCUCAUUAAUGAAAUCUGAAUACCAGGUUUAUAUAAACUUGUUAUUUUUG